AUGUUUGAACCAAUUCGGGGAGGUACUCGAGGAGGCCAGGCAGAGUUCAAAUGGACGGAUGUCUCCGCAGACAAAGACAGAGAGAACUAUCUGGGUCACAGCAUCAAUGCCCCGACCGGGAGAUGGCAGAAGAACAAAGAUGUUCAUUGGUAUAAUAGAGAUAACAAGGAUGAGUCUGAGAGGGAAGAAGAGAUAAGGAAGAUCAAGGAAGCGGAAGCAGAGGCACUUUCUGCAGCACUGUGA